GGCAGCAGCGGCUCCAUGCGCGGUGCGCGGCCGGCCGCGGGGCUUGCGCAGGUAGGCGCCGCUCCGUGCUGCCCAACGCCGCUGCGGGAGCGGUGCUUCGCGAUCCCCCGCGCGGCGGCGGAGCGGAGCGCUGAGCGGCGCCCAGCAUGCGGCCGGGGGAUGUCUGAGACGGGAGGCGGCCGAGGGGAGGCAGCGGCGGCCCCGCUCCCCCGGCGCCGUGCCGGAGGCAUGGGGGCGGCCUGGGGCUCCGUCUGGUGCCUCUGCCUGGCGGCGGCCGUCGGAGGGCUGCCAUCGGCUCGGCGGAGAGGCGGAGGAGCGGCGGAGAGGAGCGGCGGGCAGCCGGCAGAAUACUUGAGGAGUGAGACCGCCUUUCUGGAAGAGUUGGUGUUUGGAAGUGGAGAUACCAUUGAACUUUCUUGCAACACCCAAGGCUCUUCUGUGUCAGUUUUCUGGUUUAAAGAUGGUAUUGGGAUUGCACCUACCAACAGAACUCAUAUUGGACAAAAACUGUUGAAGAUAAUCAAUGUGUCUUAUGAUGACUCGGGGCUCUACAGUUGCAAGCCAAGGCAUUCCAACGAGGUCCUGGGAAACUUUACAGUCAGAGUUACAGAUUCGCCUUCGUCGGGUGAUGAUGAAGAUGACGAUGAUGAGUCAGAAGAUACAGGUGUCCCCUUCUGGACCCGGCCAGAUAAGAUGGAGAAGAAGCUGCUGGCAGUUCCCGCCGCCAACACCGUUCGCUUCCGAUGUCCGGCGGGUGGCAACCCAACUCCCUCCAUCUACUGGCUGAAGAACGGCAAAGAGUUCAAGGGAGAGCAUAGGAUUGGGGGCAUCAAGUUGCGACACCAGCAGUGGAGCUUGGUGAUGGAGAGUGUUGUGCCGUCAGAUCGAGGAAACUACACUUGCGUUGUGGAGAACAAAUACGGCAAUAUUAGGCACACGUACCAGCUUGAUGUAUUAGAACGGUCACCCCACCGACCGAUCCUGCAAGCAGGGCUCCCUGCCAACCAGACUGUGGUGGUUGGGAGCAAUGUGGAGUUUCACUGCAAGGUCUACAGCGAUGCCCAGCCUCACAUUCAGUGGCUGAAACACGUGGAAGUCAACGGCAGCAAAUACGGGCCCGAUGGGACACCCUAUGUCACGGUGCUGAAGUCUUGGAUCAGUAAAAACGCUGAAGCCGAUGCUAACCUAAAUCUGUUCAAUGUGACAGAACAAGAUGAAGGAGAAUAUCUGUGUAGAGCCAACAAUUUCGUAGGCAUAGCCGAAAAACCAUUUUGGCUCCACAUUCGCAAACCAAAACCAGCAGAGGAGCUAAUGGAAAUGGACGAUUCAGGCUCGGUGUAUGCUGGCAUUCUCAGUUACGGCACUGGCUUAGUUCUCUUCAUCCUGGUGCUGGUCAUUGUGAUUAUCUGCAGGAUGAAGAUGCCAAAUAAAAAGGCCAUGAACACCACCACUGUACAGAAAGUCUCCAAAUUUCCACUUAAGAGACAGGUAACAGUGUCGUUGGAGUCCAACUCUUCCAUGAAUUCCAACACACCCCUGGUCCGGAUCACGCGUCUCUCCUCCAGCGACGGGCCGAUGCUGGCCAACGUCUCCGAGCUGGAACUGCCUCCAGAUCCCAAGUGGGAAUUGGCACGCUCUCGCCUGACCUUGGGGAAGCCGCUCGGUGAGGGGUGUUUUGGCCAAGUGGUGAUGGCAGAAGCGAUCGGGAUUGAUAAGGACAAGCCGAACAAGGCCAUCACGGUGGCUGUCAAGAUGCUGAAAGAUGAUGCCACAGACAAGGACCUUUCAGACCUGGUCUCUGAGAUGGAAAUGAUGAAGAUGAUUGGGAAACACAAAAACAUCAUUAACCUCCUUGGUGCCUGCACGCAGGACGGACCACUCUACGUGCUGGUGGAAUAUGCAUCGAAGGGGAACUUGCGGGAAUACCUCAGGGCACGUCGCCCACCUGGCAUGGACUAUUCCUUCGACACCUGCAAGCUGCCUGAGGAGCAGCUGACAUUUAAAGACCUGGUUUCCUGCGCCUACCAGGUGGCUCGGGGCAUGGAGUACUUGGCAUCUCAGAAAUGCAUUCAUCGCGACUUGGCAGCCAGGAACGUGUUAGUCACUGAAGACAAUGUGAUGAAAAUAGCUGAUUUUGGCCUUGCUAGAGACGUUCACAACAUCGACUAUUACAAGAAAACCACCAAUGGUCGGCUGCCUGUGAAAUGGAUGGCUCCAGAAGCAUUGUUUGACCGGGUCUAUACUCACCAGAGUGAUGUCUGGUCCUUUGGAGUGCUACUAUGGGAGAUCUUCACUUUGGGAGGGUCUCCGUACCCGGGAAUUCCUGUCGAGGAACUCUUCAAACUCUUGAAAGAAGGCCAUCGGAUGGAUAAACCUGCCAACUGCACCCAUGACCUGUACAUGAUCAUGCGUGAGUGCUGGCACGCUGUCCCCUCGCAGCGACCCACCUUCAAGCAGCUGGUGGAAGACCUGGACAGGGUCCUCACCGUGACGUCCACCGACGAGUACCUGGACCUCUCGGUGCCCUUCGAGCAGUACUCGCCGGCUGGCCAGGACACCCACAGCACCUGCUCCUCGGGGGACGACUCGGUUUUUGCACAUGACCUGCUGCCCGAUGAGCCCUGCCUGCCCAAGCACCCCCCCUGUAACGGCGUCAUCCGGACGUGACGGCCCCCCCACCCCGGUCAGACGGAUGGACAGACGGAUGGAUGGAUGGACGGACGGACAGGCAGCGCGCCCACCCCGGCGCAAGUGUGGGGCGCCGAGGACAAACCCGUAGUGAAGGAUGUUUCCGUGAAACUGCUCGGCGACGCUGGAGGAUUUGUGUUGUUGAGCUGUUCAGGGUAAAAAAAAAAAAAAAAAAAAAGAGAGAGAGAAAGAAAAAUCUUUAUUUUUUAUUUUCCCAUUUGCUGUAUAAAAAGUCAAGAAGCACUGUUUGGCCUGAAGGAACUAAUCUCUUGCCAAGAUGAUCUAUCUUGUAUGAUUUUUUUUUUUGGUAUUUUUUUAUUUUAUUUUUUCCUAAGUAGAAUGUUAAACCUGGGGGUGCUGACCUCCAGCCUCCGCGGUCACGUGCCGAGUGCCAGAGUAGCCGAUCUGUGCCUGCAAUACGAAGAAGAGAAAAAAAAAUCUUCCUUUUUUUUAUAAAAAAAAAAGCUAACGGAAAAAAAAAAAGUGUAAAGAAUGUAGAAAUUCUUUGCUUAUGCAAUCUGUACAUGAACCUUUUUGGUGGAGCUGAAAAGCCACGUUGCCUGCAGGGAUUCAUAUAUUUAUAAAAAUAUCUAUAUUUUUGUUGUCGUCGUUUUUAUAGCUUCAUGAUCUUAUUACCCAGCUACAUAGAAGGAAUCUUUUUCGGAAGAAGAAGAAGAAAAAAAAAAGUAAAAUGCAAAUCGUCAUGGAGAAAGGAAAAGAAAAAAAAAAAAAGAGACAGUCAAGUCAUCCUAAUUGGAGGAGAGCAUCACCCUGCCGCUGGCCAGGUCCCACGGGGACUGAGCACCCAUGCUGCUUCUCAAGCCCUGUCCCAACCUGCGGGAGCAGCCGUUUUGGGGAAAACCUCACUUUCUGGAGAUGGGGGUUUGCAUACUUUUGCUUGCAAAGGGCGAGUUGGAGGGGAGCUGCUCCUCCGGCCCUUGGCGCCAGCGGUUUGGCUCCAUCUACGUGCAGUGACUUGGAGAAAGAAGUUACGGGUACCUGUAGGCAAGAGCCUUUAACUUAUAUCAAAAAGGUUUAUUCCAGAGAAUCUGUGUAUAUAUCUAUAAAUAUAUCCUGUAUAUAUAUAAAUAAAUAUAUGGAAAAAAAAAGAAUGUAUAAUACUAAUGCAACAUAAAGCAGUACUGAGAGAGAGUCUCAAAAUAUGAGCAUUGCAAUCUAGGAUAUACUGAUCUGGGUGAAAGAGAAGAUUUUUUUGUUUGUUUUAUAUCUUCACAGUUUUGUUUUAAAAAUUGUACCUUAACAUGUAUAUUUGUAAAGUUAUUUAUAGACAUUAACAUAUCUGUUCAUCGGUUUAAAUAGCGUAGCGUUACUGUAAACUUUAAAUUUCACUGAGUUUAAGGGUGUUUUUUUAACUUAUUAAAAAUGGAGAAAAAAUAUAUUAAUCAAGUUUUUCUUUUGUGUUUAUGGGAAAUAUUGAAAGAAUGUAUAGAUGUACAGUCCUUUAACAAAUUACAUUUAAUGUUAUAAAUAUAUAUAUAUAUGUAUUCGUUAAAAAAAUAUUAGUUUAUCCUGGAUUGCAGUGAGCAAAGGUAAGUUUAUUUUUCAAUACAUCACCAGUGGUUAAAACCAAACAAAUAGCAGCAGAGAGAUGAUUUUUACAUAUUUCAGAAAAACAGGGCCAAGAAUUCUUCCAUCAGUUUAACCACUGUGCAUUAAGGGGGGUGUGGGUGUUUAUUUUUCUAUUUUCGAAUGAAGGUAUUCUUUGUGGUUGAGUUAAUAACAAGUACGCAGCAAAGCGAAAUGUUGACUUUGGAUGACGCGCGUUAAUUUUUUUUUCCCCCCUUUGCCAGUACCGUUGUAUUUUGGGCUUAAGAAAUACCCAUGUGGGCAAAACAGCAAGAGAAGUGACACUGUUUGCAGGGGAGAUGCAAUGACUGCAUAUUUCUUUUGCAUCUAACACACUGAAAAAUGCCAGUGAUGCCUAAUUUUUUGUGUUCGGAGUGCUGUGCUAUUUUGUUCCUGUACGUCAGAUUGCAGUUUAAAAGCACGCAAGUGAACUAGAGAAUCUUACUGUGGCUCAAGGUGACAAAGGGGGAGGUUUGGGUUGGCUUUUUUGUUGUUUGUUUGUUUGUUUUUGUCCAGAAGACUUUAUCUACUACCACAAAGAGGCAAGGGUAAUUGCAUCCUGAAUUUUCUUUACAUUUUUCUCUGGUGCAUAUUACAUAUCAAUGUUUCAGAAUAGCAGGAUGGCAGCAUCUCAUUUUAAGUUUUUUUUGUUUGUUUGUUUUUUUCCUUCUUAGAGCCACAAAAUCCUUAUCCUAAAAUAAAUAAUUUAUAGUUUGAGGUUACUUCGAUGGAAGUUUGAGAAGGUAGAUUUCUAUAGAUUUUUGUUUUGUUUUGUUGGAAUAAAAAAAAAAAGAAUUUUUUGGUAUUUUCUUACAAAUGUCUGCUAAUUGUGUACAUUCCAAGUACUCGAAGCGUUGAGUUUCAUGUACUGAAAAAAAAAUGUACAAAACUGUGCAUGAUUUCAAAUGUUACUAGAUAUUAUAAAUAUAUAUAUAAUUUAUUGAGUUUUUACAAGAUGUAUCUGUUGUAGACUUGUUGACUUAACAUUUCUUAUUCAAUGCUUAUAUAGUUUUAUAGCCUGGACUAUUAUCUUUAAAAGCUUAAAAAAUUAAAAAAUUCCAAUUUUGUUACAUUUUAUACUGUUGAUGUUACAAUCCACAGGUUUGCAUAGCGUGAUUUUUCAAUGAGCAACUCUGUUCAGUUUAUUUUAAUACUGUAUUUCUGUGCCUGACAGCUGCAGCUGUCGAAGGUGUGAGAUGAACACUAAAUAAAACUAUUCUGCUUUUGUUAA